UUUGUCCGCGCCCGGCCUGUCCCAGCAGCGGGGCUGAGCGCGGCCCGGCCCGGGCGGAGCGGCGGCGGCACCGGCAGCGGCACCGGGAGGGCGCGGGGGGGAGGCGGGCGGGGUGGGGGGCCCGGACAGCCCCCGCGGGGCCGCCCCGUCCCGCCCGCGGGGCCGAAGAUGCGGCGGUACCUGCCGGUGGCCCGGCAGCACUUUCUGGCGGCACUGGCCGGCACCAGCGUGGUGGUGAAGUCGCUGAGCGCGGCCGCGGUGCUGCUGUACCUACUCUCCUUCGGGCUGGACACGGCCUACGGGCUGGCGGUGACGCCGGGCUACCUGCUGCCCCCCAACUUCUGGGUGUGGACGCUGCUGACGCACGGGCUGGUGGAGCAGCGCGCCUGGGGGCUGGCGGCCGCGCUGGCCACGCUGGGGGCGGCGGGGCGGCUGCUGGAGCCCCUCUGGGGAGCCCUGGAGCUACUCGUCUUCUUCGCCGUGGUGAACAUCUCCGUGGGGCUCCUGGCGGCCCUCGCCUACUUCCUCACCUACGUGGCCUCCUUCCAUCUCGACUACCUGUUCGCCGUGCGCAUCCACGGCGGGCUGGGCUUCCUCGGCGGGGUCCUGGUGGCCCUCAAGCAGACGAUGGGGGACAGCACCGUGCUGAAGGUGCCUCAGGUCAGGAUGAAGGCUGUCCCCAUGCUCCUGCUCCUCCUCCUGACUCUGCUGCGGCUCGCUGCCCUCGUCGAGAGCAAUGUACUGGCCUCGUACGGCUUCGGGCUCCUCUCCAGCUGGGUCUAUCUCCGCUUCUACCAGCGGCACAGUAGAGGCCGCGGAGACAUGUCUGACCACUUCGCCUUCGCCACUUUCUUCCCCGAGAUCCUGCAGCCCGUGGUGGGUCUGGUGGCCAACCUGGUGCACGGCGUCCUGGUGAAGGUGAGGGUGUGCCGCAAGACCGUCAAGCGCUACGACGUGGGCGCCCCGUCCUCCAUCACCAUCAGCCUGCCGGGCACGGACCCCCAGGACGCCGAGAGGAGAAGGCAGCUGGCCCUGAAGGCUCUGAACGAGCGGCUGAAGCGCGUGGAGGACCAGUCGGCCUGGCCCAGCAUGGAGGAUGAGGAGGAGGAGGCAGCGGCGGCCAAGGCUGACACCCCACUGCUGCCCGACCCCGGCGCGGCUGGCAAGAGCCCCGGCCAGGAGUCCAACCUCAUCAGCUUCCAGGAUGCCCCGGCCCAGCUGUGACCGGCCCCCUUCCCGCCCUGUCUCCCUUGGAGAGCUGCUAAUCCCCCUUGUAUCCCGCACGGCUGGGAGCGGGGACUCCUCCCGUGGCACAGGCAGGGGGACACCUCAUUCCAGCAACGCUUUGCUGCUGCUCGCGGCCAGCACCAGGCACCCGGGACGGUGACACUGCCGCCACCGCGAGGACAGGGAUUGCUGGAGCCGCUCCCCUCGGCGCGGGCCGGGCCGUGGAGUCAGAACAGUCAGCGGGGGCUAUCCCGGGACAGGGACACGGGGCUGAUCCCCACCCCAACGCCGCUGCGCUCGCCCUUGUGGGAUAGAAGUCAGCUUUUCCUCUGUGCCAGGGCUUGGCCAGAGCACUCAACACUUAUUUCCUCCCUUCUGAAGGUAGUUUUGUCCUGAACUGAGGGAAUGGGAAGGCUGGUGGGUUUCUUUUCCAGAUGUCUUUCCCAUGGGGAGCCUCCCACCACCCUGGGCAGGGAGGACAGGCCACUGGUCAGGAAGGGGCCUCCCAGCCCCUCACAGCAGUGGUCCAGCACUGCCAGCUCCAGGCUUUCUGCAGUGGGGAUUCUCUGCUCCUCCCUCUCCUGCCCCCCUCCCCCUGCGAGGAGCCGGUGCCCUUGGCUGCUCCCCGGCUAAUCCGUUUGUCAGAUUACACUAGAAGCUGGAAUUAAAUUUUUAUGGUGGAGCUCUCGCUGCUUCCUCCAGCAGCAGGUUUUCUUUCCUGCAGGUAGAAUAUGGGCUCCCCCCUUCUCUUUCCCUCCCUCUGUGUUGGUGGUUUUUUUUUUCCUGAAUGGAGAGGAUGCUCCCUGCGACAGCCUCCUCACAGCUCCUGAUCCAGCGGGCAAUUCCCAGCCCGGGAUGCAGGUCAGCGGUGUCGUGAUUAUUUUUUUAAAGGACCACACGAGAAGGUUUUGUCAAACGGGAAGAACACGGACGUUUGGGUAUCAAUAAAGAGUUCUUUGAAAGA